CCCCUCUUGUGACUUUAUAACAUUUCACUGUUCAUACACAUCGAUUAAACGACACACUGAAGCGUUAUGUUUUUGAUGUGUAAAUUCUUCGUGCCUUUUUUUUAUCCGUUGCUAGGACUACCAAGGGGCGUGACCCGACCUGGAGCACGUGACGCGCUGCUCUGUCUCAGUUCUACUCUCUCGCGCGCGCUCUCUCUCUCCUCGUAUGCUCCGAUGUCAGGCGUGUGAGUGUGUGUGAUUGUGUGUGUAUGUGAGUGUGAGUGUGUCGCCGCCGCCCGGACAGCGGGAGGAAAAGAAUCGUCCGGAAAAUAAAAAUAAAAAAUAACUAAAAACAUGGAACUGACGGCGAUAGGGGACCGAGUUUUCGCCGCAGAAGCUAUCCUGAAACGCCGCGUGCGAAAGGGCAACAUCGAGUAUCUGGUGAAAUGGAAAGGAUGGGCGCUGAAGCACAGCACAUGGGAACCCGAGGAGAACAUCCUGGACGAUCGGCUCAUCGCGGUGUUUGAGCAGAAGGAACGAGACCAAGAGCUCUACGGCCCAAAGAAGCGGGGACCUAAACCAAAAAACUUCGUGCUCAAGGCACGUGCUCAAGCAGGUGAGACGUCGUCCCGUGGCUCCAGUACUCGUCGUGCCCCUCCGUGCACUUCCUCCUCGUCGCCAGUUCCUCCUAACCCUCCUUCUUCGUCAUCCCUGGCACCUACGCCCAGGUUGCACUCUCUGGCUGCCUCACACAAGCUCAAGAAAGACAUCCAUCGCUGCCACCGCAUGUCCCGCCGACCUUUGCCUCGACCCGAUCCCUUAGCAAACCCAGACGGUUCCUCCUUCGUCUCCCGCCUGCCAAUCUCUCCGUUUUCGGAGACGGUGCGCAUCUUGAACCGCAGGGUCAAGCCACGUGAGGUCAAGCGUGGUCGCAUAAUUCUCAACUUAAAAGUUAUCGAUAAAUAUGGCGCUGGGACAACCAAAGGACACCAAGGAAGGGCGCACAUCCCAUCUCGGAAUCGCAUCAUCGGGAAGAGGCAAGGGGAGAUGCCCUACAAGCCGUUUCAACCACCCAUGAAGAUGCCCGGCUUUCCUAUGUACGGCCAGCCGUUUGGGCUCCAGCCGUGCCCUCCUGCUUCAGCUUCGGCAGGUACGAGAGCGGGAUCUGCUAUCGGAAGUAAAACCAGAGCCCAUUCUUCAGCAGAUUCUUCCAGGGUUCGGAUCCAGUCGCCUCCUUCUCCGUCCAGCUCCAGUGGCACUGAAAGCGAUGCUCCCUCUUCACGGCAAAUCCAUCCCCGUCGAAAAAAAGCCCAGCUCGCUGCAACCUCAUCCCCACCUCUGGCACUGAGCACAGAAACCUCAUCCCAAGCUCAUAAUCGAUCCACUUGCACCAAAUCUGGAUCUUCAGCCCCUUGUCUGCCCUCCUCUCCACCCCACUCUUCUUCUUCUUCCUCGUUGUCAUCAUCACCAGAAGACAAAAAAGGAAGGGCACAGAAUCUCCCCUUUGUGGCUAGGGGCAGGAAAAGAAAAGCACGCCGCCGAUUUCAGACGUCCAAUCCUUCUUCGGGUGAUGGGACCGAGAAGACGGCUCCAAAACCGGGUGACCCCGACUGGCAUCCCAAGAGGACGCCCAGCUGUGCCAAUGUUGUUGUUACCGAUGUUGCAACUAACCAUCUUACUGUUACCAUCAAGGAGUUCUGCCAGUCUAGAGCCGCUUCCGGACCCCCAUCACCGUCCCACUCCGAGAACGCCAAAUCUUCCACCACCUAGUCUUCUCCAGUUAUUACCAACAGUAUCCCAUUCACCCCUUGACCUCAACAAGAACUUGCCAUAAGAAUACCCCUCUUCCAAAAAAAAAAAAAAACCCCC